AUACGGGCGUGAGUAUAGCGCAGGUGAAAGUGAGAGCGGUAGAAAGGAGUUAUUCAGCAGUCAUCUUAUCAGCUUAUUUAGGAUUUCAUCGGUCUCUGGAUAUUGGUCAUUGCUAGCGUCUGAUCCCUCAAAAUUUCGAUCCCAGACCUGGGUUGAUUCCGCGAGGUUAGAAUCCGUCUAAGUUUGGCGGACAACUGCUGAUCGUGUACAACAGAAAUGCUCGUCCUUCUAGGAUCAUCCUCAAUAUCUGAACAGAAGCGUGAAACUCUUCUGAGGAAUAUUAACAGAUUAACACCUCUGGUCACCUCUGUCGACUCUGUCUGGCUUCACCUUGUAAAAUGCAAUUCCAAGCAGGCCGAGGAAGAAUUGUCCAAUCCAACAUCAUCUUCCCGACAAACGCUUGAACGUCUAUUGACCUAUGGCGAUAAUCUUAGUCUGCACGAUAUCUUGGAUGAUUUUCGUUCUUUGAAGCAAAACGUAGCCUACGUGUUGCCAAGAAUUGGAAGUAUCUCACCUUGGUCGAGUAAAGCCACAGAUAUCGCUGCAACGUGUAACCUUUCUGGUCAGGUCGAACGUAUCGAACGUGGAAUAGCAUACGUCUUCACAACUUCUGAUGGUUAUGCCCUCUCCUUGAAUGAUAUAUCCUCAUUCUCUCAUCUAAUACACGACCGAAUGAUUCAGACUCUUCAUCUAUCUCUUCCUAAUGAAGACCUCCUUUUUGCCCACAACAUGCCACGUCCACUACGUGCAGUGGACAUCACAUCCUCCCCCGCUAAAUCUGCCGAAGAGAUCUUCAAUCAGGCCAAUAAAGACCUUGGGCUCGCUCUCUCAUCUGACGAGAUUGCCUAUCUCGUUUCUGCCUUCAUAUCCGGCCCAGAUCCCAUAAAUCGCAAUCCAACGGAUGCUGAACUGUUCAUGUUCGCUCAGGUGAACUCGGAGCAUUGUCGACAUAAGAUAUUUAAUGCAAAAUGGACAUUAGAUUCCACAGCGCAGGACCUUUCCCUAUUUCAAAUGAUACGUAACACCGAACGCCUUUCCGGAGAUAACACUAUAUCUGCGUACUCAGACAACGCAGCUGUCUUCAAAGGGUACGUUGCACCUCGAUUUAGUGUUUCCAACGACAACGGGCAACACAUCUAUCAGUCUCAUAUCGAGGAAAUGCCUAUUCUUAUCAAAGUCGAGACUCAUAACCACCCGACUGCGGUUUCCCCCUUCCCUGGUGCGGCUACAGGCUCGGGAGGAGAAAUCAGAGAUGAGGGGGCUGUCGGACGCGGCUCCAAACCCAAAGCAGGUCUCGCUGGUUUCACUACCUCCAAUCUUCUAAUUCCCGGCUUCGAACAACCUUGGGAGGAAGAUUUUGGCAAACCAAGUCACAUUGCAAGUGCCCUGGAUAUCAUGUUAGAAGCCCCCCUAGGUGCGAGCGCGUUCAACAACGAAUUUGGUAGGCCCGCUCUAGCCGGUUAUUUCCGGACGUUCUGCGAAAAGAUUCCUGCCAACAAGAAAGAUCAGGAAGGUAGUCAGGUAGAGAUACGAGGAUAUCAUAAACCCAUUAUGAUUGCAGGCGGUUAUGGGAAUGUGCGUACCGUAUUCGCCAAAAAAUCCCUCAUCACUCCAGGAGCAAAGUUGGUUGUACUGGGUGGACCUGGGAUGCUCAUUGGUCUCGGGGGAGGUGCAGCAUCUAGUCAAGUUUCCGGUGCAAGCACUGCUGAGCUCGAUUUUGCAUCUGUACAGAGAGACAAUGCAGAAAUGCAAAGGAGAUGCCAGCAAGUUAUAGAUGCCUGUGUAGCUCUCGGCGGUGAAGUGGGAGAUGGAAAUCCAAUCCAGAGUAUACAUGAUGUUGGCGCGGGAGGGUUAUCGAACGCCUUACCGGAGCUCGUCCAUGAUUCUAAUCUUGGAGCUACCUUUGAGAUUCGGGACGUUCUGAUCGCGGACAGCUCUAUGUCACCAAUGGAAAUAUGGUGUAACGAGUCACAGGAACGUUAUGUCUUAGCACUUCAUCCUGAAAAAGUUACACUUUUUGAAGAGUUAGCCAAUCGAGAACGAUGUCCCUUCGCCAUCGUCGGAAUCGCUACACAAAACGAAGAGCUCGUGGUAACGGACAGGCUUCUGGGCGAAGAUGUGAUAAGACUUCAUAUGGAUAUGCUUUUUGGAAAACCACCGAAGAUACAGAAAUCGGAUCGUAGUCGGACUUGGGGAGGUGAUUUCUUCGAUACUAGUUUGGCCAAGUAUCUAGCUACUCCGAAUUCUGCUGCUGUGGCGACUGCAGUAAAUCGGAUCCUUCGUCUUCCUUCUGUCGGUUCGAAAUCUUUCCUCAUUACCAUUGGUGACCGCUCAAUCACCGGACUCGUCACCCGCGACCAGAUGGUUGGACCCUGGCAAGUACCCGUUGCUGACGUUGCUGUUACACGCUCGUCGUAUGGUUUUGCUACCGUGUCUGGUGAAGCAAUGGCUUUGGGUGAACGUACACCCCUCGCACUGGUCAGCCCUGCUGCUUCUGCUCGUAUGGCUGUGGCAGAAUCUUUAACUAAUCUUGCCGCGGCAUGUGUUGGAGAAAUAUCCAAUGUCAAACUAAGUGCGAACUGGAUGUGCGCAGCGUCCAAGGAAGGGGAAGGUGCUGGCUUGUAUGAGGCUGUUCAGGCUGUUGGGAUCGAUCUUUGCCCUAAAUUAGGUAUUGGUAUCCCUGUGGGCAAAGAUUCUAUGUCUAUGUCGAUGAAAUGGAAGGAAGGAAACGAGCAGAAGGAUAUCAGCUCUCCGCUUUCGCUGAUCGUCACCGCAUUCGGAUGUGUCCAGGAUGUCGCUGCAACCUGGACGCCAGUGCUUCAAAGCAACAUCGAUGAGCCAACGAUAUUGGUCUUCCUGGACCUCGCACAUGGGAAACAGCGGCUAGGUGGAUCGGCUCUUGCACAGGUGUUCCGAGAAAUCGGGCAAGAAUCACCAGACGUAGAGGAUGCCUCCGUGCUCAAGGCAUUCUUCCAAGCUUGUCAGCAGAUGAGGACGAAGGAACCAGAAGUCAUUCUAGCCUAUCAUGAUCGGUCAGAUGGUGGCUUAUUUACCACACUGGCGGAAAUGUCAUUCGCUGGACGAGUGGGUGUCGAGGUCUCGCUCAACGCACUGAAUGACUCUUCGGAUCCAAUCGCCGCUCUUUUCAACGAAGAAUUGGGUGCCGUCGUGCAAGUUCGCCAGUCUCAUCUUCCAAAAUUGAUGAGUGUCUUUCUCGAAUCUGGUUUCCCUACUACCUCUAUUCACACUUUGGGCCACGUCAACAGUGCAGCCACCGACCAGAGUUUCAAGAUCGUUCAUGACUCGGAGUCUAUAUUCAACAGUACUCGACAAGAGUUGCAGCAGAUGUGGUCCGAGACGUCAUUCAAAAUGCAGGAGCUUCGUGACAAUCCUAUCACAGCCAGAGAGGAAUUCGAUCUUAUUGCGGAUCAAUCUAAUCAAGGCAUUUUCUAUGAUUUAACAUUCACUCCCUCUCCACCCCUGAGCGGUCGAGGUACUAGGCCCAAAGUUGCAAUCCUUCGAGAGCAAGGAGUUAACGGAAUGGUCGAAAUGGCAUGGUCAUUCACCGCCGCAGGCUUCGACGCCAUCGACGUACACAUGACAGAUAUCCUUUCGGGUAAACUGAGUUUAUCUGGCUUUCACGGACUCGCUGCAUGUGGUGGAUUCUCUUAUGGAGACGUGUUAGGCGCUGGAAAAGGUUGGGCUCAUUCUGUCCUACUCAAUGCUCAAGCUCGAAAAGAGUUCAUUGAUUUCUUCACCCGAGUCGAUACCUUCACACUCGCUGUCUGCAAUGGAUGCCAGUUUCUCAGCCAUCUUCGGAGUAUUAUACCUGGUGCACAAGAUUGGCCCGAUUUCAAGUCCAAUCGUAGUGAAAGGUUCGAAGGACGGGUGUCCAUGGUUGAGGUCGUAGACACUGUACACACCAGGUCCUCUGUAUUCCUUCGCGAAAUGUUGGGUUCUAAACUUCCUGUGGCUAAUGCCCAUGGUGAGGGUAGAGUAUCUUUCAGUGAUUCAACCCACCAGCAAACGUUCUUGGAUCAAAAUCUAGUCUGCCUUCAAUUCGUUGAUUCUAAUGGUCGACCAACAGAGGCGUAUCCUUUGAAUCCAAACGGAAGUCCGGCUGGUAUAACAGGCAUCCAAACAUCCGAUGGGCGUGUGCUCGCGUUAAUGCCUCAUCCCGAGCGAGUGACGAUGCUUGAGAGUAACAGUUGGUACCCUCGUUCGUUAAGGGAGCAGUGGAAUGGUGUCGGUCCAUGGUUCAAACUGUUCCAGAGCGCCAGAUCUUGGUGUGACGAUCACUAGAGUCCGGGUAUGUAGAGAGCUACAGUGUAAUAUGUUAUACGAUAAUAUAUCUUGGUGUAUGGUACUUUUCUCAAUAUAAAUCUCAAAAUGGAGCCAUGAGUAACGGGCUAUAUUGUAGGUGAUUAAUGUC